CUCUCCUCUCCAUCUAACCCUAACCCAACACCUCUUUCUUUUCUCCCAAACUCUCAACCUAAACACCAUCGGAACCUCCACUAAGACUUUAAUUUUCAGCUCUGAAUUUGGUGGGUGACAACAAUUUCCACUCAUCUCUCUCCUUUCUGCUGAACCCAAGUUGUACUACUCUCCAUUAAACAAUUCAUUCAACCAAGGGAGUAAGAAUAAAGGAGAGUGGUUUCAAUUUUCUUAUUAUUAUUAUUUUUUUUUCUCUAGCCUUUUUCCUUCCACUAUCCUUCGUCUUUUACAAUUAGCUCAACCUUUACGCCUUCCUACUUCCCUUUCUCGGUCCUUAAUUUCUCACUUCUGUUUACGUUUUUGUGAGAGGAAGUAAGAUCUCUGACGUAGUGGUUAAAGAAUUAUAUACAUAGCAAAUUAUAAGGCAUGGAUCCGGUUACAGCGCAUGGACAUUCUCUUCCUCCUCCUUUCCACACUAGAGAUUUUCAACUUCACCACCACCAACAGCAGCAACAACAUCAAUUUCACCACCAACAGCAACAGAACUCAGAAGACGAACAAAGUGGCAGCAGCGGCGGCAUAAACAGGGGUAUCAAAUUAGAUCGCGAUGAGAACAACAACAACAGUAACAACAACACAAACAGUAGCGAUGGCAAAGAACUCAUCCAAGCUUCGGGUGAAGGAGAGAUGACAAGGAGACCACGAGGCCGACCCGCUGGAUCAAAGAACAAGCCCAAACCGCCCAUCAUCAUCACUCGUGAUAGCGCCAACGCUCUACGCACCCAUGUUAUGGAAAUAGCAGAUGGCUGUGACAUUGUUGAGAGUGUUGCUACAUUUGCUAGGCGAAGACAAAGAGGGGUUUGCAUACUGAGUGGCACCGGCACUGUAACGAAUGUAACUCUUCGGCAACCAGCUUCACCUGGUGCAAUUGUAUCUUUACACGGUCGGUUUGAGAUAUUAUCACUAGCUGGUUCAUUCUUGCCACCACCAGCACCACCUGCCGCUUCAGGGUUAACCAUAUAUUUAGCCGGUGGUCAAGGCCAAGUGGUUGGUGGAAGUGUUGUUGGGACGCUUAUUAGUUCCGGUCCGGUGGUGAUUAUGGCUGCAUCUUUUAGUAAUGCUGCUUAUGAGAGGCUUCCUUUAGAAGAAGAAGACCCUCAGGUACCAAUGCAAGGGGGUUCUAUUGGGUCACCUGGAGGAGUUUCACAGCAGCAGCAGCCACAGCAACAAGUUAUGGGUGAGCAAAAUGCGCCUUUAUUUCAUGGAUUACCGCCUAAUCUCCUCAAUUCUAUUCAGUUACCAACGGAAGCUUACUGGGCUACUGGUCGCCCUCCAUACUAGCUGACAGAUUUCAUUGAAGGGUAAUACGUGAAUCAAUUGAAUCAUUUAGUUACACACCAUCGAUCGAUCUCACCUUCAGCAAUUUACAAGAAGUCGCGGAAUUUGUAGCUAGAGAAUUUGGUUUGUUGAGCAUUUCUCAGGUUUCUUAAUUUUCUCCUUUAGUAUUUGUUUCAGAUUUGAUGAUUAGGUAAUUAUAUGCUUGCAUGUUGCAUUGAAGGACUAUGUAAAUUCAUGGAUUCUCAGUGAGUUUGAUUUUAUGGAAAUAACUGUUGCCUACUAAAGAACGAAUAUCGAUA